AUGAAACUGAUAACUCUCUUCAGCGCGGUUUGGCUAAUCACUACCGGUAGUUGGGCUUAUUCAAAUGAUUGUGCUAAAGGUCCAGAAUAUUGGUGUCGUGAUGUAUCAACAGCUAAAGAUUGUGGUGCUAUGCAUCAUUGUCAAAAAAACGUAUGGCGUGAAAAAGGAAAUAAUAAAACACCAAUAACAAAAAGUGAAACAGCUCAAAUGUUAUGUAAUGUUAUUGUUCAAGCUUCAAAUGAACUUCUUACUGAUGGUUUGAUUGACGCCGACUCAAUGAAACAAUAUCUUCGUAAUGACUGUACUAAAUUACCUGAUCAAAAUAAUCUUAUUCAUCAAUGUGAAAUGGCUGUUGAUCUUUAUCUGUCUGAUAUUCUUCGUCAUAUUCGAAGUGGCACCGAAAUCACAAAAAUUUGUCCAAUCAUCCAAGGACAUGAUUCGCAAAGUGUUUUCAUCCCAAAACCAAAACCUAUUGCUAUUACACCGAAUCAAACAUGUGUUCUAUGUGAAUUUAUUAUGAAUCUUCUUCAAGCUGUUGCUACGGAUAAUUCAACCGCUCAAGAGCUUGCUAACAUUCUUGAAGAAAUUUGCCAAGCUAUGCCAGCUGUUUUAAAGGAUGAAUGUAAAUCAUUUAUUGAUACAUAUGGUGUUGAUAUUAUUGCCCUUCUUGUUCGAGGAUUUAAUCCGAAUAAAACAUGUGAACUUAUUAAACUUUGUCCCAAACCAACAAAUGUUGCCUUUUUAAUUAAACCAAAUCCAAAUACAUGUGGUCUUUGUGAUUAUGUUUCAACAUAUUUAUCAGCUGGAUAUCCAAUCGAAAAUGUUUGUACGGCUUUUUCAACUGAUAAUAAUAUUAGACAACAAUGUGAAGUUCUUGUUCAUUUAUAUAAACCAAAUUAUUGUUCACAAUUACCCAUAUGCUAUGAGGAUGUAGUAAUUCAACCAAUUAAAGAACCAAUCGAAACAACAAUCAACUCUCCUCAAUGUGCAUUAUGCAAAUAUGUCGUUACUUACAUUGAUACUAUUAUUCAAAACAACAAAUCGGAAGCUGCAAUUGAAGCCGCAUUAGAAAACGUUUGUGGUAUCUUACCAGGACCAAUAAAAGACAAAUGCAUUGAAUUCGUAGAUACCUAUGGACCUAUUCUUGUUAAACUGAUUGAAAAAUAUGGCACACCAGAUCUAGUUUGUAAUGCUUUAAAAUUAUGUCAAAAUGGAACCCAAGAACUUACUCCUCUUGAACGUAUUCAAUUGAUGAAAUUUAAAAAAGCUUCUCUCAAAACAAUGCAAUGUGUAUUUUGUAAACUUGUAAUUAAUGUCUUAGAUAUAGCUAUUGGCAACAAUAGAACUCCAGCAGCCAUUGAAGCAGCACUAGAAAAAGUGUGCAACUACACACCACCUUCACUGAGAGAUAAUUGCACAAGUUUCGUUCAUAAAUAUGGAAAAAUUAUUGCAUUUCUUUUGGCUAGAAAUGCAACACCUCAACAAGUGUGCAAUUUUAUUAAAUUUUGCAACAAUGGAACACAAGAAACAACACAUGGUAGAUAUACUACAAACUUUUUUGCCUCUUUUAAUGAUCGAUCUUUUUUAUCCGUAGGUAGCAUUGAUGAGAUAUUGAUGAAUGGGCUAACAUCGAUUAAUUCUCCUCAAUGUGCAUUAUGCAAAUAUGUCGUCAGUUACAUCGAUGCUGUUAUUCAAAACAAUAAAUCCGAAGCUGCAAUUGAAGCCGCUCUAGAAAAAGUUUGCAACAUUCUGCCAGGACCUCUUAAAGAUAAAUGUAUUCAAUUUGUUGAUACCUAUGGACCUAAUCUUGUUAAACUGAUUGAACAAUAUGGCACACCAGAUCUAGUUUGUAAUGCUUUAAAAUUAUGUCAAAAUGGAACCCAAGAACUUACUCCUCCUAAACGUAUUCAAUUGAUGAAAUUUGAAAAAGCAUCUCUCAAAACAAUGCAAUGUGUAUUCUGUAAACUUGUAAUUAACGUCUUAGAUAUAGCUAUUGGCAAUAAUACAACUCCACCAGCCAUUGAAGCAGCACUAGAAAAAGUGUGCAACUACACACCACCUUCACUGAGAGAUAAUUGCAUAAGUUUCGUUCAUAAAUAUGAAAAAAUUAUUGCAUUACUUUUGGCUGGAAAUGCAACACCUGAACAAGUGUGCAAUCUUAUUAAAUUUUGUAACAAUGGAACACAAGAAACAACACAUGGUAGAUAUACUACAAACUUUUUUGCCUCUUUUAAUGAUCGAUCUUUUUUAUCCGUAGGUAGCAUCGAUGAGAUACUGGUGAAUGGGCUAACAUCGAUUAAUUCUCCUCAAUGUGCAUUAUGCAAAUAUGUCAUCAGCUACAUUGAUAAUGUUAUUCAAAACAACAAAUCCGAAGCUGCAAUUGAAGCUGCAUUAGAAAAAGUCUGUACGAUUUUACCAGGACCAAUUAAAGAUAAAUGUGAUCAAUUCGUUAUUACUUAUGGACCAUAUCUUGUUCAACUGAUUGAAAAAUAUGGCACACCAGAUCUAGUUUGUAAUGCUUUAAAAUUAUGCCAAAAUGGAACACAGGAAAUUUCACCCACUGGUCUUAUUCAAAAGUUGGAGACUCUAGGAUCAUCAAUCAAAAAUGCCCAAUGUUCAUUAUGCAAAUAUGUCAUCAGCUACAUUGAUAAUGUUAUUCAAAACAACAAAUCAGAAGCUGCAAUUGAAGCUGCAUUAGAAAAAGUCUGUACGAUUUUACCAGGACCAAUUAAAGAUAAAUGUGAUCAAUUUGUUGUUACUUAUGGACCAUAUCUUUUUAAACUGAUUGAAACAUACGGUACACCAGAAGCAGUUUGUGAUGCAUUAAAAUUAUGUCACAAUGGAACGAACUCACUUCAACCCGUUCCUAACAGUUUUUAUCAAUCACUUGAAAAUAAUAAACAAACGGUAAAGAUAUCUUCGGAACUUAGCUCGGUAAUCAAUUCACUUGAAUGUUCAUUAUGCAAAUAUGUCGUUGGUUACAUUGAUACUAUUAUUCAAAACAACAAAUCGGAAGCUGCAAUUGAAGCCGCACUAGAAAAAGUUUGUGGCGUCUUACCAGGACCAAUAAAAGACAAAUGCGUUGAAUUCGUAGAUACCUAUGGACCUAUUCUUGUUCAACUGAUUGAAAAAUAUGGCACACCAGAUCAAGUUUGUAAUGCUUUAAAACUAUGCGAAAAUGGCACUCAAUUAACUGAAUCAAUUUCCCAUAAUGUUGACAAAUCAAAGAAACAUAUAAAAAAUUCAGAUGAAUGUAUUUUAUGCAAAUACAUUAUAUCUUACUUGAAUGUUCUUAUAGAAAAUAACGCUACUGUAAAAGAUCUUGAAAAAGCAUUAGAAGUAGUCUGUGUCAUAUUACCAGCUGAAUAUCAUAAACAAUGUAAAGCUUUUGUUCAAACAUAUGCCCCCAUUCUAGUUGAACUCAUUGUUGAACUUGAUGAUCCAAAUGUUGUGUGUGAAUGGUUAACAUUAUGUCCAAAAUCAAGUAAUAAAUUUAUUCAAAUUCCAGCAAUAAAAGGUAGAAAAUUAAAAUCGUUACCAUGUAAUUUAUGUCAAUAUCUUGUCAACUAUCUUGAUGCAAUUAUUCAAUCUAAUUCAACAGAGACAAAAUUUGAAGAAGCUUUAGAUCGUGCUUGUAAAGUUCUACCUUCAACAAAAUUACAAUCAGAUUGUAAAUUAUUAGUUCAUCUAUAUGGUGCAGAUUUAAUUAAAUUUCUUGUUGAAUUCGGUGAUCCAAAAACUGUUUGUCAAGCCAUCGCUUUAACAACUAGUUUGAUAUAUGCAUACAAAGAAGAAUGUGCUAUUGGUCCUGAAUAUUGGUGUAAAUCAUUUCAAAAUGCACAGGAUUGCGGUUCAUUACGUCAUUGUAGUGAUACAAUAUGGCGUUAUGAUGAAAAACAUACAAAAAUUGAUUCAUCAACAAAAUGUGAAUGGUGUGCACAGAUUCUUGAAAAUACAGAUAAAGCUCUUCAAAAUGUAGCUAAUAAUGAAGACUUAAUUAAGUCGACAUUAUUAAAUGCAUGUAAAUUAUUACCAUUAGAAGAUAUUUCAUCUAAAUGUACAACUAUGAUUGAAAAUUAUGAAACAAUAGUAGUUUUAUUAAUGAAACAUCAACGUUAUGAUAGAUUAUGUCAUUUAAUGGAUAUUUGUCAAAAUAGUGAUACUACUGAAUUAGAUAAAAACAUAGAAAAACCAAAUGUUGAUACACAAUCAAAAAUGUUAUGUAAUGUCAUUGUUCGUGCUACACAAGAACUUCAUGUUAAUCAACAAAAAGCUAGAAGUGAAAUUCAAACAUAUUUGAAAAAUGAUUGUCAACACUUAACUAUUCCACAGCUUGUACAAAAAUGUGAAAGUUUAAUUGAACGACAUGGUAAUAAAAUUUAUGCACAUGUAGUUAGUCGUGUGGAAUUAUCGAAAAUUUGCGAUUAUAUUGACGAUGUCGCUCUUCAAUCUAUUGCACCAGUCAAUUGCGAAUUGUGUACAUUCGUUUUCUCAAUAGCUAAGCAAAUGCUUGAUACUAAACAUUCUGAAAAUAAAGUACUUAUCUAUAUUGACGAACACAUGUGUUCACGUUUAACUGGUAUAGCAAAGAAAAAUUGUACAGAUAUAGUAGAUACGAAUGGAAGAGAUUUAAUCGCAAAUAUUCAAGAUGGAAUACAACCAAUGCUUCUUUGUACACAUUUUCAAUCUUGUCUUGAUACAAUUAUUGAUAAAACAAGUCCAAUACAAAAAGAUGAAAUGCGUUCAUUUCUUAUGAAUAAUUUUUGUAAUAAACUUGGAUCACUAAAAAGUGCAUGUAAAGCAUUAAUGGAAAAAGAUAGUACUCGUCUUUUACAAGUACUUACUAAUGAAAUGGAUGUUCAUGAAUUAUGUUAUAUGUUUGGAUUAUGUCAAAAGAAAUCAUCUUUAAUUAAUAAAUUAGAUCUUCAAGAUGAUCCAAGUAAAUGUAAACGUUGUAUAGUAGAUUUUACUCGACGAAAACAUAUUGCUGAAAAGCUUGUAAAUCAUUCAUCUGAAUUUCUUCAUCAUCUCUGUGGACAACUACCUCAACAAGAUGAUUGCACAAAAGCAGUUGAUGAUUCAAUUAAUGAACUUGUUACAUAUAUUCGAUCACUGGAUCCAAGAACAAUUUGUGUACAAUUAAAUAUGUGUGAUCCAGCAUCAUUAGAAAAUAUGAAAACAAUGGUUAUUGUUCCAUCGAAUAAUGAUAUAAAUGAAAAUAUUAUUGAAUAUAUUAAAAGUGAUGUUUGCACUAAACUUGGAUCAUUAUCUCUAUUGUGUACUCAAUUGGUAGAUUCCGAAGGAUUAAAUCUUCUUGAUCUUAUUAGUAAAAGUAUUGAUCCACAUAGAGUAUGUUCAAUAACUGAUGUAUGUCCAUCAAGUUCUGUAUUGAAAACUUGUCAUGAUAAAUGUCAAUGUUGUACGAAUAAAAUUGAAAUUUAUCAAAGAAAACUAUUGAAAUUUGUGCAAGCUAUUGUUGGAAGUGCACGCAUAAUGUGUGAUCAUGUACCAGAUCGUGACAUAUGUCUUCAAUUGACUGAUGCAUUCGAAACAAAUGUUAGCAAAGUAAUUACAAAUGUUGGUUCUAAACACGUUUGUCGAUUAUUGACUCUAUGUACAUCUGUUGAGGAGAAAACAAAUGAAGACCAAUGUCGAACUUGUAAAAAUGAACUCGAUAUUCGUCAAUAUCGUUUCCGAACAACAAUUAAUGAAGUAACAACAACACUUCUUUCGUUAUGCACCGAUAAUGAUUGUCGUUCACAUGUUCAAUCUAUACAACAAGAAACAUUAGACAAGAUUAACAGUAUCAAUUCACAAAAUCUUUGUCAACAUUUAUGUUAUUGUACAUUAGUGAAUACACUUGAACCCAGUGCAACAUUGCUACGUUUGAAACUUCUUGCUCAGCAUCAAACUAAAACUCUCGAGGAACGUUUACAAUCAAACGAUGUGUGUUCUGAAUAUGGACAAUUAAAACCAAUGUGUGAACAUUUAUUAGCAUCACCACAAAGUCAUCGUUAUGCUUAUAUGUAUAUGGCUUUAUUAAAAAAUAAUCCAAAAUUAAUUGAUGAUGAUUUACGUGAACAAAUGACUAGCAAAGUUAAUAUUGAUGUUUGUGAUUCAUGUAAAAAUUCUGUUCAAUCAUCAAAAGAUUUUUUAAAUAAUGCUUUAGAAUCUGUUCUUAAUGUAUUACUUCGUACAUGUGAACGUUGUCCAUCAAAAGAUCAAUGUCGUGAUUAUUAUAAUCAAAGAUUUAAUAAUAUUAAAUCUUAUAUAAAUAGCAUUAAUUCUGAUCAAUUUUGUCAAUCUAUUCAUCUUUGUUCUACAUCAUUAAUUAUUAUUCAAACAGAUCAAUGUUCAAAAUGUGUAGAAAGUUUACAAUCACGAAAAGUUAGCAUUUUACAUGCUUUAGAUCGUAUUGUUUCAUAUUUUGAUGAUAUUUGUCAACGUUUUGCUGGUGAAAAAUGUCAAAUAUUUAUAAAACAAAUUCAAGAUUCAUUUGAAAAAUCUAUUGAAAAUUUUGAUCCAAAACAAACAUGUAAUUUAAUUGGUUUUUGUUCAACAAUAAAUGUUCAACAUGAAAUGAAUUUUGAUAAAUAUGAAAAAUAUUUAGAAGAUGAAAUUGAUAAGAAUAUUUGUUCUAUUCUUGGUCCAUUUGAAACAUUAUGUAAACAAACAAUUCGUGCUAAUAGAAAACAAAUUGAAACAGUAAAAAUUAAUUAUAAUAUUAAAGAUUUAAUGCAAAUUGGAGAACAAAUAACAAAUGGUAAAAUAAAGAACUUUUUCAGUGCAGCUAAUCUUAAUGAAUGUAGUCGUGAUAAAUGUCAAUGUUGUAUCAAUCGAAUAGAUCAAAAGAAAGAAUGUGCCAAGAAUAUUACAGAUAAUAUAAUUUCAUGUUUUAUUCGUUCAUGUGAUUAUUGUCCAGCUAAAGAUCAAUGUCAAAAAUAUUGGCAAGAUUCUCAAAAACAAUUUGAUUCAUAUAUUGAUAAUAUUGAUUCAAAACAAGUUUGUACUCGUCUUGGUUUUUGUAAUGUUUCAUCAUUAUGUAUGAAUAUGGGUAUUUUUCAACAAUCAUGUGAAGAAGCACUUAAUGCUUUUACUCAAUCACUUAAACAUGAUCCACAAACAUUAGAACGUCAUUUACCACAUACAUCAAUUGUAGUUUUAUCAACAAAAUCUGAAGAAAAAGAAGAAACAAAUCUUUUAAAUGAUUCUAAUUCUACUUGUAUUCUUUGUGAAUAUCUAAUGACUAUUCUUUCAAAUUAUAUUCAUCGACAAUCAACAGAAGAAGAAAUUGAACAAAGUUUAGAAAAAGUUUGUAAUCAAAUGCCAUUAACUAUUCAAAAACAAUGUCAUGAAUUCAUUGAUAAUUAUGGUCCACCAAUAAUUGCAACACUUAUACGAGAAUUUGACGUUGCAACUAUUUGUCGAAAACUUAAUUUAUGUACAAAACAAAUGAAAGUUCAUUUAUCUCAUUUAACAAAAGCAAAUCCAGUAACAUGUGGUAUAUGUGAUUAUGUUUCAACUUAUAUUAAUUUUGCACUUAAACGUGAUUCAAGUGAAAAAUCACUUCAACAUGCAUUAUCAACUGUUUGUAUACAUUUAUCAAAUGAACAAUAUUCACAAUGUCAAACAAUAGUUCAAUUAUUUGCACCACAUAUGAGAAAAUUAGAACUUGAUCUUAAUAAUAAUUUUUGUCAACAAUUAAUUAUUUGUCAAACACCAAUGAUUGAAUUAACACCAGCUAUUCAUCUUAAUCAAAUAUCAACUAAAUCAAAACCAACAAUUGAAAAAGAUGAGAAAUUGAAAGAAACAAUCGUUAGAAAUUUAGAUAGUACACCAGAAUGUAUGUUAUGUACUUACGUUGUUUCAUAUUUGGAUGCUAUUUUAAAGAAUAAUAAAUCUGAAGCAGCAGUUGAAGCAGCAUUAUCAAGAGUUUGUACUAUCUUACCACGAAAAGAACGUGCUCGAUGUGGUGACUUCGUUAAAACAUAUGGACCAGUUCUUGCUGAAUUAAUUUCUGAUGUGACUGAUCCACAAUUAGUUUGUCGCUAUCUUGGAAUGUGUCAAGUAGUUUCAUCACAAGAAACGACAAUAAUGGAAUCAACACCAGUUAAACACUGA